AUGGGCGCUGUCUUUACACUGCUCCUGCUCCUCCUGCCCCUCCUGAGUUGUGUGGACACCCCCUCAGCCCACGGGCUUCUGUUUCACCGUGUGGACAACUCUAUUGCCCCACUCCCAUUCCAUGUGGACAUCCACUUGGUCCUACCCCCGUGUGGCAACCCAACCACAUGUGUCAGCGGUUGUGCACCUGGAACCCGAAAUCUAUUGUAA